AGGGUUUUAAAGGGGUUCGAUAGAGAAGCUGACGAUGAUCAGCAAGUCUUGGUCUGAGCAGGAUUGUUGACUCGAGUUGUUCAUAUUUGACUUUCUGCUACGGCUUAUUUAUGUGGGUAUGGUGACGGUCAUCAUUUCCCAAAAAAUAACACUGCACUCACAGGUUAAUUCCUGGGAUUUGGCAGCAAAGUGACAUCAGGUAAAGAAGCACAAGACGUGCUUCAAACAAACCUCAACGCUAACAAUUCAAGCUCGUAAGCGGAAAAAAACGAACGUAAAUAUUGAACCUGUAAACCAAACCGAUCAUUUAAAACUCCCAUUGCAGCUUCACAAUUGACCAAAUUAACUUGCUACACCCAAAAUGUACUACAUAUUUUGGGUGUGCCCACUUUUGCCUCCCACGUUGCCUAUUGAAGAAACCGUUUGCUUGUUUACAACGUUGACAUCAUCUAAUUACAGCUUCUUUCCCCCCCGAUGGAUGCCACUGCACUCCCAGAUCAGCAGUUACCAUAGUGAGGUCAUUGUUAUGAUCACACUGAAAUGAGGACCAAUGACACGUAGACAUUAUUGAAAUAUCUGAAACCUAUAAAACCUUUUUAGAAGGGAUCCUCUCGCACUCUUUUGUCUUCAGAUGCCACCAAACAACAUACACACUCGCAUACAGUGACCGUUUGGGCUGGAGCUGCAAAACUUGUAUUACACAUACACCUCUGCCAAGGAGGGUUGCUGAUUGAUUGCUUCGUUUGACAGCAUUUCAGAUGUCAGUGAACCGGUAAGGUCAUUUGGAAGCUGCUGCUUUAAGAUGACUUUUGAGGUGUCGAACAGCGUGACACUGCUGUUCGACUUCUGGAACGUGAACGGGCCUGUGGGGAUGGCGCUGUCGGUGUUCGUCGUCUUGCUCCUGACAGUCUUCUACGAGGUGCUUAAGGUUUGGAGGUUGUGGCUGGGAAAUAAGUCGAUGCUGGCACAGCCGUACCUCAGCCCUUCGUCCCUCCACAGCGACUGCAGCUCCACACUCGGGAGAAGCUCCUCCGAAUCCUCCGUGACCCCCAUCGAGCCUCCUCCUCCAGCUCCCAACACCAGGAACAGCUGGUUGCUGCACGGGAUCCAGACCGUCCUCCACGUGCUGCAGGUGUCUCUCGGCUACAUGCUGAUGUUGUGCGUCAUGACCUACAAUAUCUGGAUCUUCAUCGGCGUCAUCAUCGGUUCUGUUCUGGGUUAUUUCAUCUCCUUCCCUCUGCUGGGUCAGACCUGAUGGUCACGGACACUUCACUUUCUGGAUUCGAGACGGGAGGAGGUCGUUUUUCUUUUGGAUACUAAAUGGGGAAACCACUCAAUGACUAAUUUCUGCAUGUUGGUCUGUUGCUCUUCAGCACAGUGUUUGUUCAAUUUUAACACUUGGGAAGCAAGAAAAUGGAAUCAUGUUGCUUUUAUGCUUGAAAAUGAGUUGCACAAUAAUACAGAUAAUGCAACAUAUCAUCUGUACCAGUCACUAAUCUCAGUCUUCGGUGUCAGGCCUCCGGACUCUUUUAAAACACUUCAACUGGACAUUUCAGAUGUUUCUGAGGCAUUUUACUUUUCCCCUUCACACGCAGCAAACAUCUAAAGGAGUUUAGAAUCAUGCACGUGCUGCGUCCUUGUACUCUUAUUUUAUUUAUUCAUGGUAAAAUAGUUUGCAAAGUUUGAAGGAGGAGAAAUUGUCCUCAGAACAGAAACGGGAAUGGGAAGUCUUCCACUGUUUGUAGCUUUCGUUUUUUAUAUUUUUCUGAUCAGCACUGACGGCCGUUGAGCCACAGGUCAUUUUAAGGUUGUCAGAUAGAGGAACUGGCCCAUGUGAUUUUUCUUUCUCCUCUUUAGCUCGUGAACCUCGUACAGAUCGGAGUCACUCUCACAUGUGUAUGGGGACAGUGCACGUAGGUCAUGUGGUUCUGUGGAAAUCAUUGACAAACCGUUAGUGUCUUGCUACUAACGCUUUCGGAUGUAUUUUAUUGAUACAUGCUCAAUAAAACUAUUUUUGUAACUGAUUGUGAAACAUGAGAAGAAACGUGUCUGAUCAUCUGAGGUUGUUUACUGAUUUAACAUUGAAAUCAAGAAUAAAGUUGAUAAAAUGAUUUUA